AUGGCGCGCACCAAGUCUCGCGAGAUUCCCGCCCCUAUUUAUUCCGCGCCUGCGCGCCUCGCCGCCUUUCGGUCUCGUCGGGCCGCCGCCAUCAUGAGGUGGGUGCGGGCCCGCUGCGCUGUUCGCGCCCAUCCGCGCCCAUCCGCGCCCAUCCGCGCCCAUCCGCGGCUGCGGGGAGCGGGGGACGAGGGCCGAUGGCGGCGGAGCGCGAGCGGGCCAGGGCGGGCCCAGCGGCGUCCUCUCCGCAGCCCGCAGGAGGUCCAGGCCGGGCCCGCCCUGAGCCCGCGUUGUUUCUCCCCCCGCAGCAGCAAGGUCUCCCGCGACACCCUGUACGAGGCGGUGAAGGAGGUGCUGCAGGGCAGCAAGGUCAAGAAGCGCAAGUUUGUGGAGACGGUGGAGCUGCAGAUCAGCCUCAAGAACUACGAUCCGCAGAAAGACAAGCGCUUCUCCGGCACCGUCAGGCUGAAGUCAACUCCACGGCCCAAGUUCUCUGUCUGCCUGCUGGGGGACCAGCAGCACUGUGAUGAGGCCAAAGCAGUUGACAUCCCUCACAUGGACAUAGAAGCUUUGAAAAAGCUCAACAAAAACAAGAAGCUGGUGAAGAAACUGGCCAAGAAGUACGAUGCCUUCCUGGCUUCUGAGUCCCUGAUCAAGCAGAUUCCUCGAAUUCUGGGACCAGGGCUGAACAAAGCUGGCAAAUUCCCUUCUCUUCUCACUCACAAUGAGAACCUGGUGGCCAAGGUUGAUGAGGUCAAAUCUACCAUCAAGUUUCAGAUGAAGAAGGUGCUCUGUCUGGCUGUGGCUGUUGGUCAUGUGAAGAUGACAGAGGAUGAACUUGUCUACAACAUCCACCUGGCCAUCAACUUCCUGGUGUCCUUGCUGAAGAAGAACUGGCAGAACGUGCGUGCUCUGUACAUCAAGAGCACCAUGGGGAAGCCCCAGCGCCUUUACUAAUGGGGCAGCAAUAAACUUUUAGGAUACCUUCA